AUGGAUGUGGCUACCGAUCUUACUCCUCUGCUCGGCUCUUCAAUUGUUCGUCUCGAUGCUAUGGCCAUCAAACAUCUACAGGAACCGAGACUGUACUCAGCCAUCGAUGAACUAGCUCUUCUGUCUGCAAAAGCGAUGCAACUACGAAAACCAUUAACAUCCUGUGAAAAACUCGUCAACACCGAUAAUAUUCUCUAUCUUAUAUGGGAAAAAGACGAAGAGAAUGGAGUAAGCAAACUGAUCGGAAUGCUGAAAGUCGGUCGGAAGCAGCUCUUCUUGUACGAUCGUGAGAUGAAACCGUAUGAAGGUGAAUUCCUGGCAUUGCUCGAUUUCUAUGUUCACUUCUCACGUCAAAGGCAAGGUUACGGCAAGAAGCUGUUCGAAUUCAUGCUACAGUACGAACGCAUGGCUGCACAUGAUGUCGCUUUCGACAAUCCGAGCGUGAUACUGCUCGCCUUCAUGUCAAAGCAUUACGGCUUAACCGAUGCAGUCUGGCAAAACACAAACUUUGUCGUUUUUCCGCAACUGUUCACUACGACUGCAGUUGAUGGUGCGUUUGAACGUUGUAUCUGGCUUGUGAUUUUCCAUUAUACUGUUAUUUUCACUCAAUCCUAUUCGGAUAAAAGCUUUCACAAACACGGUUAA